UAUGAUAACUCUGAUAUGGUUAGUGCAUUUUGAUAAAAGAUGGCUGUGUUUUAAUUGCCCAAUAAUAUAAUCAAUGUGGUAUUCUAAAAUUACACUGUAGGCUAUUUGGAACUAUGUAUUGCAUUUUAUUAGCAGCUAUUGAUUUAUACUCGAUUUAUUUUCAUUAAUUCUGCCCAUAUGCAUUUAAGCAUUUGUUAAUAAAUAUAUUCAUUCUAAUAAUUUUGGCAGGGUUUUCUUAUAUAAUUUAUGUUAAAACUUUAUUUAAAUAAGUAAUAAAACGCAUAAUAAUAAUGAUAGGAGAAAAUGCAAAAAUAUAAUAAUCGACAGGAUAUUGCUUUAAGAUUAAAUCAUUGGACAAUAAGAAAAGUUUUAUUAUCUAAGAUAGGAUUUGCAGUGUUUGUUGUUGGAUUGAUAUAAAAUAUAUGGGCAUUAAAAACAUUUAUAAAUUUGUAGGAAUGUAAAAAUUGUGAAGGAAUGUAGCCAAAUAUACUUAAAUUAAAUUUAUUAUUAACAAUUUUAGCAUCAAUACCAAUAGCAUUUAUGAUAAUGUGUUACAUAUCAAUAAAAUCAGUUGCUUUAAUCACUAGUUCUUUAUUUCCACAUACAUAUAUAAAAAUAAAGAAAUUAUUUUGUAAUUGA